AUUAUUCUCAGUGAAAACUUUAUCUGUUGAUGUGAAAGACCGCAAGAAUGGCAAAAAGAAUCCCAACCCACAAUAUUUCCUCAAUUGCAACACCCACAAAAAAGCAAAGGGUCCCUCAAUUUUUUUUAUUUUUUUUAUUUUGUUUUUCCCUCUUUUUUCCACUUAAUUUUUGCUUCUUUGAAUUCCCCAAAAUUUGACAAUAGUACAAAACAGAACAACAAUUUCAUGUAACUUUCACUUCUGGGUUUCUGUAUUUUCCUCUCCUUUAAUUUGGUGCCUCUUUAAUGUAUGUUGGGUCAAUUUCUUGUUACCAAGUUUUCACAUUUCUCCCAAAAAUAUUAAGAUAAAAUUGGAAAUCUAGAAAUUUGUCCUUUUUUUCUUGUCAAAAAGAGGUUAUUUGGUUUAGUUUUUGUUUGUUCUUUUAGAUCAAUGAUGUUACAUUAGUUUUUGUAAUUUUUUGGGUUGAAAAGAUCCCAGAAAAUGGCUGUUGAAUCCUCCAAACUAAGGUUAGUUCGUUGUCCCAAGUGUGAAAAUUUACUUCCUGAGCUCCCUGAUUACUCUGUCUAUCAGUGUGGUGGCUGUGGUGCAGUUUUAAGAGCAAAGAAAGUUAAUUCAGAAGCUGGUAAUGAGGCACAUAAGUCCACUGAGGAGAUAGUUGGGGUGGUUUCUGACAAAUCUGAGAAUUUUUUGGGGAAAUCAGAUAAAAUAUUGGGGAAAGGGACUGUUUCUGGGGUUGAGAAUGGUGAGAGUAGGGUGAGUAAUGGUGAAGGGAGUAAUGGAGUUGUUGAAAAUUCUGGGAAUGAUUCUAAGAGAGAAAUUGGUGCUUGGGAUGUUGAGAAUGGAAAUUCUAGUAAAAGUGAAAUGGGUAAUGGCAAUUUGGAAGCUAAAGUAGAUAAGUUAGAGACUGCAGGUGGUAAUGUAGAUGGUUUGAGGAGAUCGAGUCGAGUGUUUGAGCGUAAAUCAAGUGAUAUAGGGGCGGGGGAGCGAUUUGGGAGGAUUAGACGAGAUUAUUUUGAAGGGGUGAGGUCUUCAAGUUCAAAUCAUUUGGGUGACUCUUCCAAGUAUAACUUGGAUUCUGUCUAUCGAGAUGAAGCAAGUCGAGUUACAAGAGCGGAGCUUAUUGAACAUGACCGAGAGGAGCUUUUGAGAAAGUUGGAUGAAUUGAAGGAUCAACUUAGUAGGGUUAACAAUGUGAAUGACAAGUUCCAUGAGAAACCUCCACUGGAGCACAGGAUGGCUUCUGUGGAGCCUUGUGUUGAACCCGUGGAUUGUUUUCGUGAUCAUCCCUCUAGCUUCCACCAAGGUUCAAGACAAUAUUCUUCUCCUAAUAAACAUGUUGCUGGACCACCCUACUUUGAGCAUUAUCAUGAGCGUUUUCCAGCUACCCAUAAUUACCACAGCUCAUUAAGCAGCUCAAAUCAUGUCCCUAGGUAUGAAGAUGCAUUUGAAGCUCAAAUACUCCGGAGACCUCCUCCACAACGAAUCCCAAGUCACCAUCAAUAUAUGGGUCCUGAGCUAGACUCCUUUGAGUCUCAUCCAUAUGGUAUGGCUUCCAAUCAUCAUCCGUGUUCUUGCUAUAGAUGUUAUGAACGACAACUGCAAGCUCCUAUGCAAAUCCCACCACCACCCUUUGCAAAUAGAAGGUUUCCUCAUGUUGCGAACAAGUCCAUGUCAUGCCAUCGUGAACUUCAAGGGGCUUUCGGUUCACAUGGGUAUAAUUCUAGGAUAGUUGAUCCACAACCUCACACAAGGUGGCCAAGUGAGCUUAGUGUUGAAACAGGGAGCUUAUCUCGUGGUCGUCCUCAAAGGGUGGUUCUACCUAGUGGACAUCGUUACCGUCCUGUAGCAGGUGGUGCUCCAUUUGUAACAUGUCACAAUUGCUUUGAGGUACUAAAGUUGCCUAAAAAGGUGUUUUGCAAGAAGGAUGAGUGGCAAAUAUCUUGUGGAGCAUGCUCUACUAUAAUCUCUUUCACAGUUACAGAUGAAAAACUUGUACCUGUUGACACAUCGGUGAAGCAAACAACCUCUGAAGCUUUUGACAAAUCCAAUGGGGUGGGUCAUGGAAAUAAUGCAAGCUUUUGCUCCGAGGAUUAUGCUAACUCGGUUUAUGAUUUUCAAGCAAUGGAUAGAGAACCUGUUUCCUCAUCAACUUGCCGGGGUGUAAGCUCCAGCAAGUCUGAUGAAAUGCACAACCUUCACUCAGUUUCUGUUACUACUUCCGAGGAUGAACAUUUUUCAGAUGAUUUGGUUGUUAAGAAAGGAGUUACCUCCACAAACAUCCCACCCGAAAAAGUUGCAUCUUCGCCUUCUCCCCCGGGUUCACCUCUUAAAGAUCCUUUUGAUUACACAUCCAAAUAUCGUGGAAUAAACCGUUACGGAAAUGGAAAUCUGAGUAGUCGCUCAGACCAAGAGAGGAUUAUUACAAACAAGAGUGCUGUUCGGCAGAAUUCCUUGAAGGAGUCACUGGCAACUGAGAUGGAGAUAUCACCUAAUGCUUACAGAAGCGAUGUAGGGCCACAAGACUCUGCAGAUAAAACCAGAGAAGACAAUAACCCAAAAAUUAAGAGAGGGGUAGAUUCAUUUUUAUCAGGAAUUAUUAAGAAAAGCUUCCGAGAUUUUUCUAAAUCCAAUCAAACUAUGGAAAGUGGAAAACGAAAUGUUACAGUUAAUGGGCAUCUAAUACCAGAUAAAUUGGUCAAGAAGGCAGAAAAGAUGGCAGGUCCAAUAUACCCUGGACAAUACUGGUACGACUACCGAGCUGGUUUUUGGGGUGUGAUGGGUGGGCCUUGUCUUGGCAUUAUACCUCCAUUUAUUGAAGAGUUCAAUCAUCGGAUCCCAGAGAAUUGUGCUGGGGGGAACACUGGUGUGUUUGUUAAUGGUAGAGAGCUUCAUCAAAAAGAUUUGGAUUUGCUUACUAUCAGAGGACUUCCAGAUGCUAGAGAUAGAUCGUACAUUGUUGAGAUCUCUGGCCGAGUUGUGGAUGAAGACUCUGGUCAAGAGCUUGACAGCCUUGGUAAACUUGCCCCAACGAUUGAAAAGGUGAAGCAUGGUUUUGGAAUGAGAGUCCCAAAAACUGUGUCCUAGCCUCCUAAGGUUCUAACCUUGCAUGCAUAAAAACACAAGCUCACCCAAACGCUCCCGUUUGCUAGAGUUUGAGCUCGCAAUCGCCUUCGUGUUUAUCAUUGGUUUGUCCGUCAUAUGCAAAGAUUUUUCAUCGGUGGCUUUGCUUUGUUUGGAGAGGUUUAGUUGCCUCGAAAGGGUUGUAUACAGGGAUUGUUGUGUCUUUCGGUAUUAUCUAUGUAAUAUCAAUUAGUGGAGGUAAUUUGUAUCGUUGUAUAUCUUUUAGAUGUGCUGUUAGAGUGUCGGCCUUAAUCCAGUUAGUAUAUUUCUUGCCAUGAAAUGAUGAAAAAGUUGAGAAUGUUGUAUCAUGUUAGAUAUAAAGGGCGUUGGUGGAUAAAUGUCACAAAUUGCUAUAUCUCUUGUAACUUUCUUUCCUCGUAUAUGCUUCUUUGUAAUGUCUUCAAGAAAUUGUGAUGAAUUUAGAGGCAACGAUUGCAAAUUCUUUAACAAGUAUCAA